ACACUCCUUAAAGUUUAAACUAGUAAUAUUUAAACCAAUAUAAUAUAUCUAGUUCAUUUAAAUGGGACACAGUCUCGAUCAAUAGGGUAUAAUUAGUUAACCUUUAAUUUAACAGAUAAUAUUAAAACAUACUAUAGAUCUAAUAUUAUUGUGGUUUAAGCGGAGAUCGAUUAAGCUCAUAAAGAUAUCAGGUGCGGCCUAGUUUUCGGAAAAACGCGGAGUUCAUUUUCCGAAAAUGUAAAUAGCUAGAAACGUGGAUAUGUUAGUCGUUAAUGGUACAUUUAUAGGAUUGGGAACUGUCUAUUGACAUCAAAAGAUUUAACUGUACUGUAUUAAAAUAAUGGAGAAAAGGAAAAGGUUAAGUGCUAUAGGAAAACAACGAAGGAUUAAAGUACGGAAAUUAGAUGAGGAUAUUGUUUCUUAUUGUGAUCAAGAAAAAAACGUCGAUGAUGAAGAGGAUUUCACUGUAGGUUCCUUGAACAAAACAGGACGUUAUCUCAGGUCAAACGAUUUCGAAGAAGGUCAAGAGCCUAAAGCAUUUACAAACGCCGUUAAACACGUGAAAUCAAGCCAACAAUUGAGUGCGUCAAGUGAUGUAAGUACACAUUAUCAUAUACAAGGUGAUACAAGAGGAAGUGAUCAUCUGCAAAAAGAGCAAAAAGAUGACACGCAGGGCUUGGCCAAUAGAACGUAUUUACGUGACGAUUCCGGCUAUAAAUCAGACGACUUUUCAGAAUCUGACGAGAAUGAAACUGAUGAGAAUUGUGUUUUUCAACUCGAAAAAAUACCGAAAGAAUGCUUAAAAGAUUCGAACUCAGACAUAAAUAUUAAAGGCGUACUAGCAGACGAUAACUGUAACGUUACAUCUACGAGAGGAAACUUAAAAACAGAGUCUGCUAGUGUCAUUAAAGAUGUCUUUGUUGAUGAAAGUGAUGAAAUAGUAACGUCCGAGUGUGUUGAUAUUAUUACAGAAAAAAUACCAAAACCAGUUGAUAGACGCUGGGCUAGAAAUUCUUUGGAAAGUAACAUUGGAAAACGUUUGUAUAAAACCGGAACAGUAAAACGCAGAAGCAAUUCACUUCCUGAUAUAUUUACACGACACAAACAUAUAAAGCCCAACUACACAUCGACCAUUUACAUAUUACACGAACAUGCUGAUACUGAAUUUGGAGACGAGUUUGGUGCCGAACUGUGGACUUUCAUUACUCAACAGGGUAGCACUGUUUAUAAACAGCACUUUCUUGUUGACGUAAAACCGGGUGGACCUGCUGCAAAAAUGAAAAUAUCAUCAAAUGAUGAAUUAGUCCUCCUGAAUGGCAGAUUUGUACCAGAUCUAGAUCAUGGCGAAGUUUUAAAUCUUUUCAAAAAUGUCACGGUCGAUGGGAGGACACGAUUCAAAUUAGUACUACGUCGUCUUGUGCAAGAAAGAUCAAAGAAAGAGUGGGAAUGGAUAGAGACAAGCGCUGUACUAUCCCCAGAUAGUCCACGUGAUAAGGAUAAAUAUCCGGAAGUAAAAGCCGAGAAGUGUAACGUUAUAAGGUCGAAUAUUUUCGAGGAAGAAGAAGUGUGUUGGUUUAAAACAUCUAAUAAACAACAACACUACUUAGAUAUCAAGAAUAAUUCUGUUGUGGCUAAUGUUAUGACAGGCACGGACACAGACAAAUCUAAAAGAAUCAAGAAAAAAGUGCGUAUUCACAUCAUGCCUGGAAAAACACAGCCUGGCAUGACAGCUGCUUUAUUUUGUGAGAUUAACUCAAAAUAUAUAGUAAUAAACAAGGACCAAGUCAGUCUGGAUGAAACACCAAUGUAUUUUGACAUCGGUCAAACAUCGGACAAUAUUUUCUUCAAAAACAGUGAUAAGUAUCUGGCAUGCAACCCAACAAAUCUUAAAAUAGAAACUAGCUACAAUGAAUACAUGUUUGAAGAAUUUCCUGCUGAUGGGAAUGACCAGGUUGAUCACUGCAAGCUGAUGACGUGUUUAACAUCAGGAAAUGAUCCGUCAAUAUGCACUGAUAGUUCAUUCUCCAGUACACGGAGGAACAGUUGUAUAAAUGAUGUCAAAAGUAAUAACAGCAAUUCCAAAAGGUCCCAACAAAGCAUGGAGUGGGAUACUGAAGUCCCCAGCUUGAACAAGAGUCUAAAAUUGGACAUAACUGAAAAGAGAUCAGCACGUAAAAUAAGUUCAGAAAUUUUGAAAACGCCAACGACUCCAUUUGAAUUGAUGUGUAUGUAAACCGACGGGUUUCUCAGACAUGUCAAUUAUCAUACUUAGUUUUCAUUUUUAAGAAAAGUAACAACUUAUUACUUAUUUAAGUGGAACACCAGGUUUAAAGCUUCUCGGGGUUAUUAUAAAUUUGGUGUUCAGAACUAGAUCAUUCAUGUAACAGUUGCCUUAUCCUGGUGUAACAUUUUGCAUUUUUGUGACUACUGGAUUAGAUUUUGGAGCAUUAUUGUCAACCUGAUAGGCACUGAGUAAAAAAUGCCAAUGAGUGGUUUUUCAAGGACACGCUUACUUAAUGCUUAGUAUUUCAACCCAAAUAAUCCCAAGGGAGGUAACAAGAGGCACAAUUUUAGAAUAUUUUCAUGAUAAUCACUUUAGUCUUAGCAAACCAUUACUAAAACGGCACAAAUGCCAAAAUAAUCAUAACAAAGAAUUAGUUUAUAGUUCCAUGAAACUAAUAUCUAGUCUGAAAAAAAAAAUGAUAUUAAUGAAUUUUUAUUAUAUGCUAAUAUAUUCUUUUACAUUAAAUUAAAAUGUAGAUCUAUAUGAAGAUAUUUUAUUUAUAUGUAAAUAAAACUUGAAAAUAUA